UGUGACAUGACUACUGACGGAGGAGGAUGGACGCUGUUUCAGAAGCGUAUGGACGGUUCCGAGGAUUUCUACAGGGACUGGCAGGAUUAUAAGGUUGGCUUUGGAAAUUUGGACGGAGAACAUUGGCUAGGCAACGACAAGAUCCACCAUCUAAUUGAACAAGACAGCUAUGAGCUGCGUGUGGAUAUGGAGGACGCGGACGGUGUCUGGUCAUACGCACACUAUGACAACUUUGCCAUCUCGGCAGAGGACACAAAUUAUCGUUUGACCAUUGGAACCUACUCAGGAAACGCUGGCGAUUCGUUGGAUUGGCACAACGGACGAGAUUUUACCACCAAGGACAGAGAUAACGACCAACAUGCAAAUAACUGCGCACAGAUGUACAAGGGAGCUUGGUGGUAUGCCUCGUGCCAUUCUUCCAAUUUGAAUGGCAUGUACUUUCUAGGUCACCACGGCGCAACCGCACAGGGCGUCAACUGGCAUGGCUUCAGGGGUCACUCCCAUUCCUUGAAGACGACAGAGAUGAAGAUUCGCCCCGUUGGCUUCAACUAA